UACAGGCUGCAAUGGAAAUGCCGGGACCCCCGUUACCCGAAGGAACACACCGGGAGCCUUGUAAAGCUCCAUGCCCUUCGGAGAACCCCAUAGCCGGCAGAUGCAGUUACUUUGUGCAGAGAAAGCGGAGGUUCUGUAAGAUGGUUGUGUCCGAAGGGAAGAAGUUCUGUGGGGAACAUGCAGAGAACGGGGAGGAGCAGGGCAGCAAGAAGCGGAUUCCAUGUCCUCUGGACCCCAAACACACCGUGUACCAAGACCAGCUCCAAAAACACCUGAAAAAAUGUAACUCCCGAGAGAAGCCUCAGCCGGUAUUUUAUGUGCGAGAUUUAAAUGCUGGACCUUUGGAAGGUGACCCGUGUGAGAAACAGGUAGCAAUCAGUGCCCUUUCAAGAGAAGAUCUUCAGACGCUUACCGAGACACUGAAACGGGUCACUAAUGAUUUGGAGCUCCCAUUGCCAGACAAGAAACUCUGCCAUUCGGCAUUAGAUGAAGCCUUGAGUGACCCGGUGAAUGGAGAAUCUGCUGCAAAACACCUAAAACAACAGGGAUCUAUACUGGGUCACUUGGACAGUCUGGGUUUACUAGGAGGGUCUCUGUGUUUCGUGGAGUUCGGGGCAGGCCGAGGAAAGCUGUCUCACUGGGUGGACAUUGCUACAGAAAACGCAGAAAACGUUCACUUUCUUCUGGUUGAGAGAGCGACUACUAGAUUUAAGGUGGAUGGAAAGCAGAGAAAUUCGACUUUUGAGAGGCUUCAUAUUGACAUUCAGCAUCUAUGUUUAGGUAAGGUCCCAAGCCUUGUUCAGAAGCAACUUCCAGUCAUCGGAAUUGGAAAGCACCUGUGCGGAGCAGGGACAGACCUAGCACUGCGCUGUCUCAUGCAGGCUCAUUCUUCUCCCUUGGGAGAGCCUCAGUGUAAACGUUCCAGAAUGAAUCCUGAUGCUUCAAACUGUGCAAAAGAAGACAAGUCCGUACCAAGUCAGCAAAACCCAGUGGCAGGGAUUGUAAUUGCUCUGUGCUGUCACCAUCGUUGUGACUGGCAACACUAUGUGGGACGAGAGUUCUUCCAGAAUUUAGGCCUUGGACAAAGGGAAUUCAACUUUUUUCAACGUAUGUCCAGUUGGGCAACUUGUGGGACUAGGAAGUCUCUUCCAGAUACGUCACAUGUCACUGAGCAUGGUGAAACAGAGGGUAGAGAAGAUGAGGAUGACGAUGGAGGGCAGAGAAUGCCAAGCUUUAACUCGGAGACUGUGCAAGGGCUUCUGUCUGUUGAAGAGCGGGAGAAUUUAGGGCGUCUUUGCAAACUACUGAUAGACCGUGGGCGCGUGGAUUACUUGCGCAGGAUGGGAUAUGAAGCCGCCCUACAGUAUUAUACAGAUCCAGAAGUGUCUCUAGAGAAUGUUCUUCUCACAGCUUUACCUAAUACAUCCAGCUAAGCCG